UGUCAGUUAAGAGACAGUGAGCUGAGAGAGAUAGCUGGAGAGGGACAGAGAGGAAGUAGAGAGAUGAUCCUGCAACUGUGAUAGGUGCUCUAGCUUAGAUGGUGGUACAGUGUGGCUGUGAAAGGGCAUAGCCUCUUUCAUUUGUAUGGCAUGGGCAUGAGUGUAUGAAGAACAAGCUGCAAUUAAAGAGAUGGAGAGGGGAGGAAGGAAAACAGGAGGUUCCUUCAAACAGGCCUCCAUCAAUCGCACCAGCUCUGGCUCUCAGAAGGGCCAGAAAGCUUGGAUUGAAAGGACCUUUCAGAAAAGAGAGUGCAUCCACAUUUUUCCAUCUAAGGAUCCAACUCGGUGUGUCUGUGGUAAUUUGGUGGCUCAGCAUGUGGCAAUUCCAUCUGGCGCUGUCACCAACAAGCCUGCAGUGGACAACCUGCUGGUGCAGGUGGACCCUCCUCAGGAGAAGUGGUCUGUGGCCAAGCACACACAAGCUUUCCCCACCGAUGCUUAUGGCACCAUUGAGUUCCAGGGAGGAGGAUUCAUCAACAAGGCCAUGUACAUCAGGGUAUCUUAUGACACUAAGCCAGACAACUUGUUGCACCUCAUGGUGAAAGACUGGCACCUGGAGCUUCCUACUUUACUCAUAUCUGUUCAUGGAGGCCUCCAGAACUUUGACCUGCAACCAAAACUCAAGCAGGUGUUUGGAAAAGGCUUGAUAAAGGCUGCAGUGACUACCGGAGCCUGGAUCUUCACUGCUGGAAUUAACACAGGAGUAAUGCGUCAUGUUGGAGAUGCAUUGAAAGACCACUCCUCUAAAUCCAGAGGCAAGGUCUGUGCCAUAGGGAUUGCUCCAUGGGGAAUCCUAGAAAGCAAGGAAGAUCUCCUAGGAAGAGAUGUGAACAAACCUUACCAGGCAAUGUCCAAUCCUCUGAGCAAGCUGGCUGUGCUCAGCAGCAGCCACUCUCACUUCAUCCUGUGUGAUAACGGCACAUGUGGUAAAUAUGGGUCGGAGGUCAAACUGCGCAGGCAGCUGGAGAAGCACAUCUCUCUGCAAAAGAUUAACACUCGUCUAGGUCAGGGAGUGCCACUCUUAUGUCUGAUCGUGGAAGGAGGUCCGAAUAUGAUCACUGUGGUGCUGGAGAGCUUGCGCGAGGAGCCUCCUGUGCCUGUGGUGGUGUGUGAUGGCAGUGGCCGCGCCUCAGACAUCAUCUCCUUUGCCCACAAACACUCACAGAAGGGAGGAAUAAUAACUGAUGAUGCCCGAGACCAGCUGCUGGUCACAAUUCAGAAGACUUUUAACUACAACAAGGGUCAGUCCCAGCAGAUCUACCUCAUGAUCAUGGAAUGCAUGAAGAAAAGAGAGUUGAUUACAGUCUUUCGAAUGGGUGCAGCAGACUUUCGAGAGGGACAGCAGGACUUCGAGAUGGCCAUCUUAACAGCUUUACUUAAAGGCACAAAUGCCUCGGCCCCAGACCAGCUGAGCUUGGCUCUGGCCUGGAACAGAGUGGACAUAGCACGCAACCAAAUCUUUGUUUAUGGACACAACUUGCCACCUCCAAGUGCAGUAGCCAGUGCUACAGCCCCCACGGCAAAGUCCAUAAAGGAGAAGCCAAAGAGCGCCGCCCGAGGCCCCCAGGCCAAGAGUAGGAGCAGAGCCAAGAAGGGCAAGGGGGGCAAGGCAAAGGUAGAAGUUCCAGAAGAAACAGAUCCCAGAAAGCUGGAAUUACUCAACUGGGUGAACUCAUUGGAGCAGGCAAUGAUGGACGCACUGGUGUUGGACAGAGUAGACUUUGUCAAGCUGCUGAUCGAAAAUGGGGUCAACAUUCACCACUUCCUCACCAUCCCACGCCUGGAGGAGUUAUAUAACACAAAACUUGGGCCUGCCAACACGUUGAAUGCUAUAGUCCGAGAAGUUAAAAAAGGGAACCUCCCACCAGACUAUCAGAUUACACUGAUUGACAUAGGGCUGGUGGUAGAAUACCUCAUGGGUGGAGCCUACCGCUGUAACUACACAAGGAAAAGCUUCCGUUCCCUCUACAACAACCUCUAUGGCCUUAAAAGGCCAAAAGCUCUAAAACUCCUUGGUAUGGAGGAUGACGAACCAAGACCAAAAGGUAAGAAGCGAAAGAAAAAGAAAGAGGAGGAGGUGGACAUUGAUGUGGAUGACCCUGAGGUCAGCCGUUUCCAUUACCCAUUCCAUGAGCUGAUAGUGUGGGCAGUGCUAAUGAGGAGGCAAAAGAUGGCUCUGUUCCUGUGGCAGAGAGGAGAGGAGGCCAUGGCUAAGGCAUUGGUAGCAUGCAAGCUCUACAAAGCUAUGGCCCAUGAGUCUUCAGUGAGUGAACUGGUGGAUGACAUUUCUCAGGAUAUGGAUAACAGCUCCAAGGAAUUUGGAACUUUGGCAUAUGAGCUUCUGGACCAGGCCUACAAACAUGAUGAACAGGUGGCCAUGAAACUGCUGACUUAUGAGCUUAAGAACUGGAGCAAUUCCACCUGUCUGAAGUUAGCUGUAGCUGCCAAGCACAGAGACUUCAUCGCCCACACCUGCAGCCAGAUGCUCCUCACUGACAUGUGGAUGGGCUGCCUGAGGGUUGGCAAAAACCCUGGACUCAAGGUGAUUUCGGGCAUCAUUUUCCCUCCCUCUAUCCUGCUGCUGGAUUUCCGUCUGGGUGAUGAUGCACACCAAGAUGAUAAUGAGGAUAGCAAGGAAAAGGACGAUGACAACAAAUCUUGCAGGGAUGCCAAUGCAGACACACACUCUAAGAAGGGUGACGAAGAAGAAGGCAGCAAGAAACUGAAGCGUGUGCCCAUUGGAAGGAAGAUCUAUGAGUUCUACAAUGCUCCUUUCACCAAGUUUUGGUUUAACACUAUAUCCUACCUUGUGUAUCUUAUGCUGUACAAUUACAUCGUCCUGGUGAAAAUGGAACGCUGGCCAUCACAACAAGAGUGGAUAGUUAUCUCGUACAUACUGACACUGGGCUUGGAGAAAGUCAGACAGAUCCUGAUGUCGGAGCCUGGUAAGCUAAGACAGAAGAUUAGCGUGUGGCUGGAGGAGUACUGGAACAUCACUGACCUGGUAGCCAUCUCUACGUUCAUGCUUGGUCUUCUCCUCAGACUGCAGCCUGAACCAUACAUGGGCUAUGGCAGGGUUAUCUAUUGUGUGGACAUCAUCUUCUGGUACAUCCGUGUGCUCGAUAUUUUUGGUGUCAACAAGUACCUCGGACCUUACGUCAUGAUGAUUGGAAAAAUGAUGAUUGACAUGCUGUACUUUGUGGUGAUCAUGCUGGUGGUUCUGAUGAGUUUUGGUGUAGCACGGCAGGCCAUCCUGCACCCUGAUGAAGAGCCUACCUGGCGCCUGGCCCGGAACAUCUUCUACAUGCCGUACUGGAUGAUCUACGGAGAGGUGUUUGCGGAUUCAAUAGACCGUAAGACUAGAAUUGAUAUUUAUGCCAUGGAAAUAAAUCCCCCCUGUGGAGAAAAUAUGUAUGAUGAAGAUGGAAAGAAACUUCCACCCUGCAUUCCUGGUGCCUGGCUCACUCCAGCAAUCAUGGCCUGCUACUUGCUAGUGGCUAAUAUCCUCCUUGUCAACUUGCUCAUUGCUGUAUUCAACAACACCUUCUUUGAGGUGAAGUCAAUCUCAAACCAGGUAUGGAAGUUCCAGCGAUACCAGCUGAUCAUGACUUUUCAUGACAGGCCAGUGCUUCCUCCCCCUCUCAUCAUCCUCAGCCACCUCUACAUCUUCCUCAGAAGGGUCUGCUGCCGCUGUGGCAAGAAAAAGGAGGGAGAGCUGGACGAGAAGGACAAAGGACUCAAGCUUAUCCUGAAUACUGAAGAGCUGAAGUCUCUGUAUGAAUUUGAGGAGCAGUGUGUGGAAGAGUACUUCAGAGGGAAAGAUGAUGAGCAGCAGAACUCAAAUGAUGAAAGAAUAAGGGUGACAUCUGACAGAGUGGAAAACAUGUCCAUGCGUCUGGAGGAGGUCAAUGAGAGAGAGAACACGAUGAAGGCUUCCCUGCAGACAGUAGACCUUAGGCUGGCCCAGUUAGAAGACAUCCACUCUCGCAUGAUGAAUGCUUUGGAGAAGCUGGCUGGGAUUGACCAUGCUGAAUUGACCCGGACACGGUCAGGAGCUUCUUCAGUGUAUGGCCCUCCUUGUCUCCUCCGCACCAGCAGCAUUAACAGUGCUGAUGGGUACAGUCUGUAUCGCUACUACCUGGAUGACUGCCCCCCGACUGAAGAGAAAGAGGGGAGCAAAGCAGGCCAGCUGGCCUCAGUGAAACUGAGCAGAAUGUGCAAGGCAUCCAGCAUCACAACCCUCAAUCCUAAGGAGUAUGGACCGAAUUUGGAGGUAGAGGUCCCAGUACUAAGGAGCCGCCCACCCUCAUGUGUGGACAUCCGGAUUUCCCCUUGUGAUGUGAAACCUGAAGAUACGAAUCAGGGUGGAGAGGUGCAAGAAGAAAAACCUAUUCAGUCUGUCCCAGUUGGUCAGGAUAACUCUGCAGCUAAAAGAGAUAUUACAUUUGAAAGGGCUAAGCUUGAUGCUGCCAUCUCCUUCCCCUUAGAAAAGGUAAAGGCGUUCAGAUACUACCCAUCAGAAACACUAAGCACUUCACCCUCUUCAGCAAGGAAGUCUAGAAGCACCAUCUUGUUUGACCCAGCAAACAGGGACGAUGAUGCUUUUAAAGACCCAAGCUCUCCAGAACAAGGGACUGAUGGGUCCUCGAAUGUAAGGCGAUGGAGUGCUGGCUUUGAAUAUAAAGUUCACCCCAGCCUUUUUGGCCAAGCACCUAAAGUAUCAAUGAUCAGGCCUCCAAGUGGACACCAAAAUGAGGCAGAUCAAGCCGAGGGCCAGCAUAGACUAAAAGUUCCAUCCAUUCACAUGGAGGAAAGACGGCCAGAGGAGAGACCCCAGGAAGAUGAACAUGGGGAAAGCAAGGAAGAGCAGAGUGAGGCUAACCAAGAUGGCAGAAACAGUGAUGGCACAGAUGUAAAUCUAAAAGUGGAGGACACUCCUGAAGAGAGAGACAGAGACCAAACAGACAGCCAUGAAGGACACAUGAAUGCUGCAAAAAUGUAUGAGAAUGAUGAAAAUGUACCUGACUCUUGUUACCUUAAUGUUCCUGAAGAGAGAAUGAUCCUUCCUGGAAGAUCCAAGAGCUGGAACAAAAAACAGCGCAAAUCCUUGGAGAAAAGCAUUGACAAGCCCCGUGGUUCCUGCAGUGAAAGAGACCUCUCAAGCGGAGGUUCCCUUGACAAGGCUGACAAAACAUAUGCAAAAGAGUCAAGUGAGGAGGAGCUGAAGAAUGAGAUAGACCUUAAGACGGCAGACCAGACGGACUGCUAUGAGAAAUGAUGAAGGGCAUGCUGCAGUAUAUCCUCAUAAUAUUUAUGCUGUUAUUAUGUUCUCUGACAUAUUAUGACUUGGUUUCAGUAUAUUUACUUCAUAUUUAAGGGAGAUUUGUAAUGUAUGUUGAUUAUCUUUAAGACAAGAGUAAGGCAAAAAUUCUCAAUGUAUAGUUCUUGCUUAUAUUUCACCUUUACAUGCUAAUGUUUUUUGGCAACACGAUUCUGAGUUGCAGUUAUGAAUUAAAGGGGCAUAAAGCUAGCAUUUAAUAUAUAAUUUGUCAGGUUAUGUAAUAAUCUGAAGCACACAGUAUACAUUUUGGAAAUGCAUCAUAAAACCACCAGGAAUCUCGCACAGCAAUAUAAAAAUGCUGACUAUAAUAAAUGUAUAUUUGUAUUUAUAAAUACAGGCAUAAUAUCUAUCCGUAAAGACGUCCUAUCCUCUGGCUUUCUUCUGCAUUGGCCAAAAAGUGGGAGAAAAUAUCAAGCAGCCCACCCUCACAUAUUCACCCCAAAAUACAUAUAGCUUUUUAAAGUUUCCCACUUUCAUGAUGUAUCCCACCCUCAGGAUGUCAUCAUAAAGAGGAUUGUACUAGUUUUUAAACCAAAAUAUAAUCUAGAUCUUGUUGCACCAGAGUGCGCCUUUAAGGGUACUGUAAGUCCUGUAAGUUCUGCUUAUUACUUGUAACUUAACCUGCCACAAACUCAAGAAUAGAACAAACUCUGAACUGUCAGUCCACAAACAUUAGAGAAGCAACUCACAUUCCAUUUGCAACUCAUUUAGUAUUGCUAAGUAAUAAUCACACUUCUCAAUAUGUUGUUAUUACAGUGGACAACUUGAUGUACAUUUACAUAUGUAAGUAUGUAAAACUGAACUAAAUGUACCUUCAUGUAAAAUCCACCUGCACAAAUGUUCAUUCCUGUUCAGUACUGACUUUCAGAAACGGCAGAGCUCACACAGCACUGCAAUGCCCCCUGGUGUCUCUGAAGGUGAACUGUAUAAAUGUGGUUCGCUUACGUGACAGCACUUAAUAAUCAGGAAACACAAAACACACAUUUAGCACAACAUUAUGCAACAUUUACUUUGGUUAUAUGUGGUACAAAAAGUUCACAAUUAAUAAAAAUCACACUUAAAAUA